GUAAAGCGAAAAAGUGCAACAGUGAAUCAGGUGGGAGCGAGGCUUCUCUUUGAGCGGAUGACACCAGAGAACAGCUAGAAUUCCAAAUAAAUCUUCGGAGGUUGGUUUUUUUUUUCGAAUUGUGACCUGUUGAAAAUUGUUGACCCGGCUAUCGUAAUAGCUCCUUAAGUGGUGAUAACUUUGCAACUAUGUUUUUUGUUUAAUAUCUUUACUCCUCUGUUGAAUUCCCAAACUUCCAGAUGGCGUCAUCCGGCAAAUUUCAGGGUGGAAUUUCUUCACGUUAUCACAGAAAUAUUGGUCAACGCGAUAUCUCUUGGGAUUCUUAUAUCGAAUCUUUUGAAGAGAGGAACGCCCAUUUGUUAGACGCACACAAGUGUUAGUAAGGGAAGUGAAUGUGUCGUAUCAGGUCAGGGGUAUCUGUAAAAAGAUAAAACAGUUGAUAAGGGAAAGGGCGACGUGACUGGCUGGCUGGUUUUCUGUCCUUUUACCUAUAGUCCACCUGAUUUAAAGCCUAGUGACUACAAGCUAGCUAACAGCCUUGAGCGUUUUACCCCAGUGACCAUUUUUGUACAAGAUUUUAAUCUAAGGACCACAUCUUGAGGGAAGAUCGCCGAAGGCCGACGAUUUUUGAGCCUCUGCCCUUUAAGUCAGAGUUAUUUUUACAGAAGAAACAUUCCCAGACCUCAACUAGUUUUGUCCCAAAAUACAACGCAUCUUGACUGUGUCGCGAAGAAGUCUGACGAAAGGUGUGAUCGUUGCAGUGCAGAAUGAAGCAAACCAUUCCAAUCAUCGACUUAGCUGACAUAGGGCUCGAAAAUCCCUCUGAUGCCAAAGAAGAAACGGUAACCCGUGUAUCUAAAGAGUUGGACGAUGCGUUUGCCAACAUCGGAUUCGUAUACCUUAAAAAUCACGGAAUUGACCAGCACACGGUAGAUGCUGUGUUAAGGGCAUCCCAAGCCUUUUUUCAACUACCAGAUGACUGCAAAGACGUUUACCGUCGUAAUUCUACGCGAUACGAUGGUUACUCCGGCAUUGAUCAAGAAAUAUUGGAAAGCAAGAACUUGCAUGAAGUGCGCGAAGCCUACGACAUCACUUCAUUGGACAGCGUCUUUCCAGACAAACAUCUUCCGGAAUUCCGACAAGCAAUAAGCGAACUAGUACCGAAAUUGUGCAAGCUGUCCCAUCGCUUGCUCCGAUGUCUCGCCAAAGCCUUAGGCUUAGACGACGAAUAUUUUAUUCGGUGUCAUACCAUGAUGUGCCAGGGCAGUGACAAGAAUGCCACGACGUUUCGAACACUUUAUUAUCCGUCCCUAGCUGACAGUGCUAUCAAAGCAGGUGUAGAACGAUGUGGAAGACACUCUGACUAUGGCACCUUUACGUUACUUUUCCAGGACGAUAUCGGAGGAUUGGAAAUUUUCUCUGGAGGUGAAUGGGUAGCCGCUACACCAAUUCCGGGGACGGUUUUAGUCAAUGUGGGAGAUUUGUUGCAGUUUUGGACAGCUGACCGUUAUCUUGCAACGAUUCAUCGCGUGCGAGUUCCAGAAGAAGAAAUUCGUCGGCGGUCGGCGCGACAAUCGUUAGCUUUUUUCGUUCAUCCGGAUAAUGAUGUUAUGGUGUCCCCAUUGAAUGGAUCCAAAAAUCAUUCGCCAAUUUCGGCUUUAGCCCAUCUUAAUCUUCGAUAUUCACAGACGUACAAAUAUUAGAAGUAUAGUAAUA